AUGGUGUGCAAACGAUUCAACUUUGCUGGAAAAUAUGCACCUGAACGUCGUGAAGUGCAAAUACCAUGGGGUCUGGGCAACGAGCAGCAAGAAACAGUGAAGACUUCGGUUGGGACUUCUGGGACCUGUGGUAGUGACUUGCAAAGUGUUUCUGCAACACCUCUGGCAAGACAAAUAGAAAGGGUCACGCCGUUACCAGAUGACCUGAAGCCACAAUGGGGAAAGGUGAAUAAUCACCUACCUUUACUGAUUAGCAUUCAUAUCGAACGAAGAGUGAUCAGGAAUGGAGUAAAGUGGCUGGAGCUACAUGGAUUCUCAGAUGCCUCCGAGCAAGCAUCUGGAACCUACAUUCAGUUUAUAAGCGUCUGUGAAGAAAAUAAUUUCUCAAUCAAGCUUUUAACUUCGAAAUCCCGAGUAGCACUAAUCAAGCAAAUGUCAUUGCCAGAACUUGAUAUGUGUGCAGCCCUAUUACUGGAUAGAUUAAUGGAGAAGGUUAAAUCUGGGCUACACUUAAACAUCACCAAAACCUUUCUCUUGGACAGAUUCUACUGUGGUCUUAACAUGCAAUUCUCUGCAGUAGAGGACUGGAACCACGUAUCCUCUAAGAGCAAUCCUGCUGACAUCAUUUCGAGAGGAACUGCACCACAACAGCUAGGUGACAGUAGGGUAUGGUGGACAGGUCCUAGCUGGCUCUAUCUGCCACCAUCAGCAUGGCCUAUUAACACCAUGAAGUAUGCAGACGAAUCAGCUGACGCACCGGAGAAAUGUGUUCAACAUUUACUCGCAACUACUUGCAUUGACGGGGAACAGUUUUUAAGGGUGGGCGGCAGAUUGGAACAAUCAAAAGUUUCUUACAGUCAGAAGCACCUCAUGAUUCUUCCUCCUGAGCAUCUUCGUUUGUUGGAUGCAGGAUCUCAGCUGCUGUUAGCAAGCCUAAAACAAAUGUACUGGAUACCAAAUAGAAGAUCUGUAAUCAGGAGCUGUGGUGAACUUGCUACAACUCCAGCUGAAAAUAACAGGCUUACUGAUGGGAUUUUACCCCUGACACCACCCCAACAUCUUCCACCACCUCUCCAAUAA